GAUGUCAAGAACUAGUUACAUGUGCUUGCCGCGCGAUUUCAAAAUGAGCUCAACGGAUGAGAAUAUUGACAUGGAAUUUGCAUUUGUCAGAGAGAAUAGCAUAAGUCAGCAGGAAAAGAUCAAGGCGUUCUGGAAGUUCUUGGAUGCUCAGAAUUGCUUGCAACCGCACGAAGGGAUAUCGGAGCGCGAGUCGUCGUCGGAAACGGAAAUGUCAGUACCGAGUGUUGAAGAAAUUAUGAAAGAGAAAGAUAUUUGGCGCAAAGGAUUGAAAGUCCUUCAACAUCUCGGCUUGGAUAAGACCGCUCUCGCGGCUGAUAGCAGAUGCAGACUCUGUGUCGCACAUAAAACAAUCCAAUGCAAAGAUUUGGCUGAUACGGUGACGCAGCCGUAUGAGGAAUUAAACGCUGACAUGGAGGCUUUUGAGCAGCGUCAGAAAAUCCGCGACUUGAACAAGAACGAAAUAACUUGCACUGUCGAUAAAUUAAAUGAAGGCAACUCCAGUCAUAUAAAAACAAAAAAAUAAUUAUUACUAACGUGGCCAAUGCUUUAGAGUGUUCUUUUUCUAAUUCGCGUUCCGUGGAACCGCGACGUUUUCGUCAAAGUUUCAAGUUUUGCAUCGAUUUUUGAUAACUCAACAUAUAACUUCAGCGGUUUAACAAAAACUAUACACAUUUAUUUACGAAUAUUUUACAUCAAUCAUUUAUGGUGUCUUUAUAAAAAAUUACUUGUUAUGUAAAAGAAAGAAAUAUAUUAUUUUACAAGAA